AUGGCGCCCGAAGACAUCAUGGUGCUGCUCGGCACAUUCUGGACGCAGGCGAGGCAUAUCCCUUGCCUCCCACAGACACGAGUAGCCUUCCACUGUGCCAUUCUCAUCGCAGGGAUUGGUGGAUUCCGACCCGGCGAGGUCAUGAAUCUAAAGUACCGCCAGGUCGCGUUCGAGCUUGUGCGGGAUCCGCGGGACCCUCUGAAGCAAAGGUUAGUCGCGACUAUCACUAUUCGGCACAAUAAGCAGUUAAAGACGACCAUCGAGCGAAGCCAGCAUAAGGCUUUCGUUCUGCGUUACUACCAUCCCUUGCAAGCCGAUCUGCCUGGUCAGCUACUGGCUCGGGCGAUCGCUGAUCAGGCCUUCAAAGCAGAUUUCAAAUCUCUCGCUGAUAUCCUGGAACGGCCUAACCUUGGCCAGGUAGAUUCCCUACCUUUAUCCUGGGCCGCUGGUAUGGAAGACAAGGGAAUUGUACCCAUCCAUUAUCCUACCUAUCUGGACCUCUGGCAUCGCACGCUACUUGUUGCUGGGCUGCGCGACGAUACACAACGUCCCUACUCGCUCCGUGUUGGCGCUGGAGGUCGAUUAUCUGGUAGUCUCGAGGAGCGGGUACGGAACUACGUGAUGGGCAACACGAAAGACGUAUUCCUCAAAAGCUACCAGCCACGGCGCGUCACCCGCGACUUGGUCGCGACAGCUUUUGGCAGAGGCAUGGCCGUAGAUGUCGCCGACCUCUUCAAGUCUCUGCGGCGCUCAUUUCUACAGCGCGACCCCGAUGCUCCCCUUUACCCUACGGAAGCAGAUAUCAAAGCGCUUAAGAGCCGCCAGGAUCUUACCGAUCUCCGUGCCGCGUAUCGCGAUGCCGUGGCACGCACUUCGUCCGAUGACAAGGAUGCUAAGUGCAUAGCGGGCAAGAUUGGAUGGAGCCGUCUCUUGAUUUGCCUCACAACCUAUGUCAUGCGUCCAGGUGCACACAUAACAAGGUGGCUGGGAUGGCAUGGGUCAUAA